ACCCGAGCCGGUAGGACUCCGGCUCCCGCGGCUUCAGGCGCGCGGCGCGACUACCCGGUGGGCUCCGGCUUCCGCGUCCGCCCGGCCCCAACCCCGGCCCGGCCUGGCCUCAGCGCCGAGCCCCGCGGGCAGCCGAGCCGCCAGCGACGCCCGCAGAGCCCCGGGUGCCUGGGAGGGGGGCCAUGCCGUGCCGGAGGGAGGAGGAAGAGGAAGCCGGCGAGGAAGCGGAGGGGGAGGAAGAAGAGGACGGCGGCUUCCUCCUGCUGGAGCAGUCGGUGACGCUGGGCGGCUCGGGCGAGGUGGACCGGCUGGUGGCCCAGAUCGGCGAGACGCUGCAGCUGGACGCGGCUCAGGACAGCCCGGCCUCCCAGGGCGCGCCCCCGGGGCCGCCACUGCGGCCCCCGCGACCCCCGGCGGCGGUGCGGGCGGACAAGGCCCGGACUCCUGCGUUGCCGCUGCUUCUGCCGCCCGCGCCGGCCGAGGCGGUGGGUCCGGCGCCCCCGGGGGCCCUGCGCUGCGCCCUGGGGGACCGCGGCCGCGUGCGGGGCCGGGCUGCGCCCUACUUUGUGGCCGAGCUCGCUGCAGGCCCCAGCGCGUUGUCCCCACUGCCCCCUCAACCCGGCCUUGACAGGCCUUUGGGAGCCGACAAGAGGGGUGCCCGGCAGCCGCUAUCUGGUCCGUGUCGGCGAGGAUGGCUGCGGGGCGCCGCCGCCUCCCGCCGCCUGCAGCAGCGACGCGGAUCCCAGCCCGAAGCCCGCACCGGCGACGACGACCCGCACCGGCUCCUGCAGCAGCUAGUGCUCUCGGGGAACCUCAUCAAGGAGGCGGUGCGGAGACUUCAUUCGCGACGGCUGCAGUUACAGGCAAAGCUUCCCCAGUGCCCGCUCCUAGGGCCUGCGUCGGUCCCGGUGCAGGAGCCCCCUUCGCCCCACAGCCCUCGCGCGGCCUGCAGCGACCCUGGCGCGUCUGGAAGGGAGGCGCAGCUCAGAACUGGCGACGGCGUACUUGUCCCCAGCAGCUAACAUCCCGGGAGUGGCUACAGUGCCAGCCUCUGCGCAGAGGGCAAAGAGGCUCCUUUGAAGGCUGCAUCCCUACUCAGACUUGCUGAACUCGCGCUUUUGGAAGCGGGAAAAUAAGCUAAUGAUUUCGCGGGGAACUGCGGCCCCAAUGUGUUUGAAAAGCAGGACUUCUUGGCGCAAUUUAAGGCAGAUUACAGAGCACACCCAAAGCUCAUAGUCAACCGGACCCCUUAUUUGGCUUGACCAAUCCUGGCAGCACAGCGUGCAGUUUCACGCAGCCACUCGCAGGGUGCCCUCCAGCCCCGCGACCAUGUGGCCACAGCCCUUAAGUCUCAGGAUCGCCGAGCACCCGAAGGACUAGAAAGAUCCCAGUUACUUGCUUUCCAUUUCAGGGCUGGUUCCUGAUCCAAUAUGGGGGAGGGAAACACGAGUAGACUAUCAUUUAAGGGAGUACCUCCAACUGCCAGACAUGAAAUUUUACGUACCUAAAAAAACCAUCUCGUGUCUUUUGGGGUGCUGAUUCUUAAUACAAAACACGCGGUACCGUGAAAGGACCUUUUUGGGAGUUGAAUAGGAGUAACCUUUUUUCUCCUUUCGCUUUGCAACUGGCUGCAGUUGUCAGAGCUGCGGGGGAAGGUCGUAAGCCAAGGGUGAGGAUGGGAGCUGGGGCGGGCGGUACUGGGGAAAGGGUAGUGGUGAGGUGCGGAGUGAACCUUCCGUCCUCUCCAGAGUAUUUUCCCAACCCGCCCGCCCCUCCUUGGCCUCAAGGUCAUUCUUUUCCUGGCAACCCCCACUGGGUUGUGGGGCUCCAGCAAGGCAGAAGAAGUGCCCGUUUCUGCCUGUUACCGGAGAACAGCCCAGUGUUUUGCAGGUGCUGGAGUCUCCUGAGGACACGGGCACCGCCGCUACUGCGGGUGUGGGGAGGCGGGGAUGUGCUGGGCGCCGGUGCCACCCGCGGGCCGCCGCGCCCGAGGCUUUCACGGAAACUGGUCUGAGAUGUGGCCUCGGGGCCCUCCUCCCCCUCUGCUGUGCUGCCCCUACGCUAGCGGGUGGCGCUGGCACUCCUUGGGGCCCGGGCAGGGGGCUGGAGAGAUGCCACGUGACGGGCACUCCAGGGACAGAGCCUCGCACAACAGCUUAUAAUGGACUCUCCGGGGCCAUUUGCAGUAACAGCUGCAAUUCCCUGGGUAGACUGAGUUGAUUUCCUCCCUCUGCCCCUCCCCCAGUCAUGCCAGCUCGCCUUUGUAAGUGAAGGAAACCGAGUAGAAAAUACGACCCUCCAAAUGGAGAAAGCUGCAGGCUUUGCCAUUGUGAACCGUGGUGAAGUGCUUUUAACAUACUGUGCACUCACUCUGUGGGAUCUGAAACCUUUUGUUGGUGUUUUAGUUUUAUAAGAUUCAAUGGCUUGUUCAUCAUCCAGAUGUGGCUAUUGACAUAUCUACACUUCGAACCGGAGUGUCUGGAAUUGUGGCUAUCCUGAUCAUAGGAUUUUAACUUAACUGAAAUACCUGUUUCUAAUAAAUAUGCCGGGUUUUUGG